AUGCCACAUUCCUGCGAAAUAAUACUACCUGACUACGUCGAGAGGAAGUUUGAAAGUUUGGGUUACACAUCCAAUUUUCGAAAACGUUGGUUGAAGCUCUUACUAAUAUCAGAAACUAAUCCUCUUGCAUGUCUGUACUUCAAGAGUGAGAAAUCAAUGCGGAAAGAACAACUAAGACAAAUAAAAUCCGGUUACACUUAUAUUAUCCAUCCAUUGAGCAAAUUCAGGCAAUGGUAUGAGGUGUAUCUGUUGCUUUUCUACGUUAUGAUGUUAAUUGUAAAACCUCUGGAUACAUGCGUAAAAAGAUUGAGGAUUACUCGAAAGCACAGAACUGUUUCAGUAACUCUGGACUUUUUAUCGUUUGUUGAUAUUGUCACAAACUUUUUCUCUGGAUAUAUAGUGUAUAAGAACAAAACUAUGGAACUAGAGCCUUGGAAAAUCGCCAAGAACUAUUUGUUUGGACCGUAUUUUGUAUCAGAUGUUCUAGGAUCUAUGAAAUUUUUGAUAUUUUUGACAAUGAAGGACCCACCAUUGAUCUUCAUUGGUAUUCAAAACAUUUUUUGCUACUCUAGAGCAAUUAGAGUGUGGACUCUCAUGAAAUUGAUCAUUAGAGUGUCAGCGCUUACCAACAUUAAGUCAAAAACCACGUUGUUUUCCAUUUGCUGUGUAUCUUUUUUCCUGUUUAGUUUACACUUCUCCACAUGUUUAGUGAUUGGCUUAAAAAUUAUUAUUAGGUAUAACUUUCAAGCACCAGACCCACAUAACACUUCUGAUAUCAAUAUUUACGAGGAAUACAUUGAUUAUAUGUUUAGAAGUUCAGCCUAUUUGCUAGGAAUAACGCUUCCUCAAGUCUACUUCGAGGAGCACUUCAAGGAACCAGAAGACUUUGUUACUGCUGUCUUUGGUUAUCUGGUAGGAAAAGUAUUAAUAAUAUCGACUUGGAUCAUCAUUGCUCUGAGUAUUUUAGCCAACAGGUCGACCAAAAUAAAAUACCAGAAAAUUAUGAAUGAACUAGAAGAAUAUAUGAUUCAAAAGCAACUCCCGAUAAAAUUGAGGAAGAAGAUCACCACUUAUUACCACUUUAAAUAUCAAGGAAGUUACUUCAAAGAAGACUUAAUCACGUUCCUGCUUUCAGAUAAUCUCAAAAAAGAUAUAAACAUGGGGAUUUGUAGAUACCUGAUAUCCAACGUGUCCAUUUUUAAAAAACUUUCGAAAGAGCAAGUGAGCGAUAUAGUGCAGGUUCUGGUAUCGGAAAUAUUCUUGCCUAAUGACGCAAUAAUUCAAGCAGGUACGAUUGGAGAAGCGAUGUACUUUUUGGCUAGUGGCACAGUUGCUGUAUAUACCCACUCUGGCAAAGAAAUUUGCCAUUUAACAGAUGGCGCAUACUUUGGGGAAGUAUCUCUAGUAGUGAAGGGGCAAAAAAGAUCAGCAAGUAUUAGUGCAAUCGAAAUUUGUCACAUCUAUAGGUUGAAGAAGUCUGACUUUCAAAAAACUUUGAUGAAGUAUAGGCAGAUAUAUCAGACGAUCAUUAACACCGCUGAAUUGAGGUUGAAGGAGACCUUGUUUGUGGAGGAGACGUACAAGAAAACGUUAUUUGAAGAAACUUAUACUACUGAUUCAACAGUACGUGCGAGGAUACAGUCCCAACAUUAG